AUGGCAACCCGCUCCCGGAGCACUGCUUGUCCCCCGUCCCCUCUUGAUCAAGGAGAGCUGGGACCCACUCUUCCGGCAACCGCCAAUGAGUCAACAAACCUCAAACCCAAGGUCUAUGGGGAAAUCUCCCUUGGACAAGCAAUCUCCCUUAUCCUGGGACUCCAAAACCAAGUCCUCCAACUUGAGCAGGAACUUGAGGAAACAAAAGAAGCCACAAAGGAAGCCCAAGACUGGAUGGGUGCAGUCAAUCAAGCCCUCACUUGCAUCAAGGCUGGGGGUGGAGCCCCACACACACCAGAAGACCGGAAACCCCUGGCAGUCAAGGCCACGCCCAGGCCCUUACCCAAAGUUGACCCUCUACCAGCGCCUAGUGCACCCCUUGCUCCCCUGCAAGUCCAUACUCCCCCUGCACCUGCGCCUAUCAGGCUCCAAUCCCCCCAAGUCCCUCAACCAGCGGCUCCUAUAGCCACUUACCAGCCCCCGGUCAAGGUAGAUCACCCUGACGCCUACACCAGGAAAAUAGGAAACAAAGCCUGUCAAUGGUUAACCAGGAUGUUGGCAUGGGUCUGCCUCAAUCAGCGGAUGUUUCCCACAGAUCAGGAGAUGUUGUCAUUCCUCCUGAUGAACAUGAAGGACGUAGCAGGAGCAUGGGCGCACCCCCAUCUUGAUCAACUCAGGUCCCACAGGGCCCUAAUUCAAACGGUUGACAAUUUUAGGACAGAGUUCUUGGCUGCAUUUGGUAACCUGGAUGCCACGCAAGCCGCCAAGUGGCAAAUCACAAACCUUACUCAGACAGGCACCUGUGCUGAGUACAUCACAAAGUUCAGGACCAUUGCUAUGGACCUGGACUGGAACAACGCCGCCCUUUGUGGGCAAUUUGCACGUGGCCUCCACUGGGAGGUCAGCCGUCUUAUUGCCACCCGCAAACGGCGCCCAACCACCCUCCUCAAGCUGCAGAAUGCGGCUCUGGUCAUUGAUAACGCCCUCCAUGAGGAGCGUGCCAGCCACCCGCCUAAGGGUAGUAAGUCUGGAACCUCUUCCUCCACCCCCAAUAGGGGGGCAAGUACCGGCCAACAGGCCACAAGACCAGGGCGCCUCUCCAGCAAUCCCAAUUUUGUCUCCAAGGAGGAACAAAACCGCCGCUGGGCUGAAGGCCUAUGCAUCAAGUGCGGCAAAUUAGGCCACAAGUUUGCGGAAUGCCGCACCGGCUGGAAAGCCACACCUAAAGAGGAAGGCGUCAAAAAAGAAGCCGCCAAGAUUGGCAAAGAGUCUGGACCUGAAUUGGGAAAAGACUAA